AUGACGACAACGCCGCCAGGAGGCCGGUCCAAGCAGUCAGCGCAGCCAUGGCAACGGCCCAGCCGAGCCGCCAGGGUUCGAGCCUCCCAGGGCCAGGGUACCGGCGCCUAUGGGGCUGUCGAGCGCUCCGACCGGGAGCCUCCGCGCGACCUCGCGGGAACCCUGGCGAGCGCCACGCGAGAGUUGGCGCACCGGAAGCUGGAACGGCGGACUUCCUUCCGGCCUAGAGUCGACCCGGAAACAGCGGGGACCGGAACCCCUGGGAAGGCAGAAAGGGGAAGGGGAAGUCCCUUUUGCUCACAGCCCACUGACCAGAAGGCAAGCCCAAGGCCACAUCCAGCCCCAAGAAAGGCUGAGAAAUGUCGUCUCUGCUGGGUGCCCAGGGAGGUGGUGCAAGCAAACUGUGUCCACUGGAGGAAGAAGUUCUCGUUUAUGUGCAAAAUGAGUGCCAGCGCCGCCACAGGCAUCCUGGAUCCCUGUGUCUACAGGGUGUCUGUGCGCAAGGAAUUGAAAGGUGGAAAAGCUUAUGCGAAGCUGGGCUUUGCAGAUCUAAACCUGGCAGAGUUCGCUGGAUCGGGAAAUACCACUCGUCGCUGUUUACUGGAAGGCUAUGAUACCAAAAAUACAAGACAGGAUAAUUCCAUUCUUAAAGUUUUAAUCAGCAUGCAGCUGAUGUCGGGUGACCCGUGUUUUAAAACGCCUCCUUCUACAUCCAUGUCUAUACCGAUUGCUGGUGAGUCCGAAUCCCUGGAAGAAGAUCGAAAAGGGGGAGAGACUCUCAAAAUCCACCUCGGAAUAACAGAUCUCUCGGCAAAGAGCGCCUCCGUUCCCGAAGAACUCGGUGCCUGUGGACAUUCGAGGACAUCGAGCCAUGCGAGCCAGCAGUCAAAAGUAUCAGGGUACAGCUCGUGCCACUCCCGGUCAUCCAGCUUCUCUGAGUUCUGCCACAGGAGAAACACGUCCGUGGGAAGUACGUCAACAGGCGUCGAGAGCAUCCUAGAGCCAUGCGAUGAAACUGAGCAAAAAGUAGCUGAGCCAGAUCUCGAUACCGCUGAUAAAGACGACACGGCUUCAGAAACGCUCACCAGGUGCCCAGUGAAACAAGAUUCUGUAGAAUCUCAGCUGAAGCGAGUUAAUGACACCAGAGUGGAUGCCGACGACAUUGUGGAGAAAAUACUACAGAGUCAAGACUUCAGCCUAGAUUCCAGUGCGGAAGAAGAAGGACUACGGCUCUUCGUGGGCCCCGGGGGAAGGACGACGUUUGGCAGUCAUCACCUUCCCAACAGAGUGGUGUCCGGAGCUUACGAACAAGUGGUGAUCAAGCGCUAGAGGCCGGGCUGGCGAGCAGAAGCUUCCCUGUGGGUUUGAGACGUGGGCAGCUGAGCUGUCACGACUCUCCCUUCAAGCACUUCUGGCAAAAUGAACCUGUUCAUGCGUCCAGAGGAAAGCCAGCACUGCUUUUUCUCGGAUGGUGCCCACCCCCAUCCUCUCCCACACACAGGGAACAUCGGAAUGGUUGUGUCGGGGCCUCGAGUGUCCUGUGUGUCUGGAGGUCCCUGGCCUCCGUGGUCACCGCCCGUGAUCAUGAAAAGACUGUAUUUGUUCAGCUUUUUUUUUGUUUUUUUUUGUUUUUUAAAACCUCCUGGUGAGGAAAACAGCACUGUGCACCUGGGUCUCAUUUUACUGUAAAGUACAAAACCUGGAGUCAGGGUGCGUGAUAGAUUUGGGCUCUAAUUACUCAAUUUUAGGUUUGAGAGAUAAUAAAUGAAGAUAAAAACCCUAUACAUCCUGUCAAGAUAGUUGUAAUUCCUGGUAAGGAAAUCUUGCAUAUUAUACCACCUAGAGUAUUGUA